GGACGAUCGCGUGUCUUCGUGACUAUUGGCUGUUUACAAGUGACGCGAACGGUGGCUGUGGUCGCGACUCGGGUCACGAACGAGGAGUAUCGCCUAGUCUACGGCCGAUUGCCGGCAUGGAGAAAUGCCGCGAGCGGGAAAGGUGUUCGCACGCUCCAAGUCGCCUCAGUGCUCGGUGAUUAAGGGACCAAGCAACGUGUCACGCCCAAGUCUAACGGCUCAUCCACGCUUCUUUCGUUCGACAACUUCCAGUUCCCCGUGUCGCGCUCUUGCUACUACCUGUUGAUCGCGUUUACGACUAUGCUUCCACGUUGCAACAUGUGCGGAUAGACGAGUGGUUACUUCGUUUCCCGUGCAUAGACACUGCUCGCGAGUUUGACACGGAUGCUGCGCGCCUCUUGCCCGGGACUAGUGCACACGUAGGCCAAGCUUGGGACUUAGGGAUAGCCAAGCGUUUCUCUGACGCGAGGGUGCUGGUCGCCGGUUCUUUUAUUAAUUAGAGAAAGCUGUACUUUCGAUUAGGAUCGCUGCUCAUUCAAGAGUGCCCGUGUACGUGUGUGGAAUGAGAAUUCUGGAGAAAUUUGCGUGCACAGAAUUGAAUAUUCCGAUUGCCAAUGAUCCAAAAGAGAAGCUGAAAAUCGCUCGGCCAUUUUGAAGCAUGAGCCAUCGAUCUCCCUGACUUGGACAAGGGAAGAUCCUCGAGAUCAAGUCAGCGAGAUUGCUUCUCGAGAAUCCGUGGAAGCAUGUUGCCCUCGUCGAGGUUGCUCCAAGAGGAGCCAUCAGAGUCCGUCCACGGGUCAGCCACUCCCGCAACUCCGUCCGAUGGAUCCACGGCGCUGUCGCCGAUGGUGGUCCACGAGGUCGAAGGGAACGACGACGACCCUCCGCCUUACAGUGCCGUGGUGCCGCCGAAUCACGUCGGUUGGCCGUUCGACUUUUCGGGAAAUCGGUAUUCCACGUGCAACCCGCCGUCCUACAGAGCUGACGCGACUCCGUUGGCCCGGUUCCAAACUGGCCCGACGCCUGGCUCAGGUUUCCAUCACGAGAGAACGGACGGCCAACACUCCAUCCCGAUGCCUUUAAUGCCCUGCCGGCUGUUCAUGUUCGGCUCCCGCAGAUCUCUGUUCUCGCACGAAGGCCUGCCGUUCAGGGAUAACAUCUCCGUGAGCAAGGACAGCCAUGGAAGGACACGCAAGUAUGGCGCCAUCUUGGUCGGUGCGGCCGUGAUCGUCUUCCUUAUGGUGCUGUCACUGCUGGUGCGGUUCAUCAUGAACAAGCAUCUUUGGCGCGGUUAACCAAGGACCCAGGGAUGUCGUGGCGAACCGUGGCAUAACAGGUUUUCUUCGUUCUCGAUCUAGACUGAAUCUAGAGUAAGCGUGUAAUUCCUCCCGCUGACGCAAUCGCAGGUGCAAUUAGAGCAUGAUUGUCUGCGACAGAACGGCUGGAAUUCGAGUCUCGUGAGUUGUGCACGUUUUGUCGCGUACUUUGAUCUUUCCAUACUUCCAAGUACGCGUUUGCUCGUAUUUCGGACAGUGACGUAGCGAGUCUCGCAGUUUCUUUCUCCUCUUUCCUCUUCCUUCCCCGAUGUUAAGAGACACGUGUACAGCGUCUUUUUAUUAAUCACGACGUGAUUUGUAAUUUUAUACGCUGGAAUUAUGUGGAAUUAAGCGGUAUUAGCUAAGACAUA